UGCGGCGCCUGCGCACUCUCAGUUAACCAUGGUCUCCCGCGGGUGUCGGAUGUUCCUGCGGAGCCGGAUCGGGGCCGGGGCCCGGGCCCGGGCCCGGGCCCGAUGUUACUCGGAGAAGGCGGCCCGUGAAACAAGCUCGGUGUCACCGCCUCAGGACAUUAUCUACACUCAGGAGCAUUACAGUCUGAGGGAUUCCCUCCGGAAGAUCAUUGAGAAGAAAAUUAUUCCCUUUGUUGAUAAAUGGGAAGAAGCAGGGGCAUUCCCAGCCCAUACAAUCUUCAAAAUUCUUGGACAAGCUGGCUUUCUGGGUGUUAACAAACCAAUAGAAUACGGAGGGCUUGGUUUGGAUUUCAGCUACAGUAUAGCAGUAGCAGAAGAACUGGGAAACAUACCAUGUGGUGGGAUUCCCAUGGCAAUCGGCGUCCAGAGUGAUAUGGCUACACCAGCUCUAGCCAGAUUUGGUUCAGAUGAACUGAAACGUCACUUCCUCACACCUACCAUUGCUGGGGACAUGGUAGCCUGUUUAGGAGUCAGUGAAAUUGAAGCUGGAUCGGAUGUUGCAAAUAUCAAGACCAAAGCUGUGAAGCAUGGAGAUGACUACAUAAUAAACGGAGGGAAGAUGUGGAUAACUAAUGGUUGUCAAGCUGACUGGAUGUGUCUUCUGGCAAACACUAGUGAUGGGCCUCUUCACAAAAGCAAGUCUCUCAUAUGUCUGCCGAUGAAAUUAUCAGGAAUCCAUGUGGCCAAAAAGAUUGAUAAGUUGGGCAUGAGGUCCUCAGAUACAGCACAGAUCUUUUUUGAAGAUGUUAGGGUUCCAAGAAAAUAUCUCAUUGGUGAAGAAGGAAUGGGUUUCACCUAUCAGAUGUUGCAGUUCCAGGAGGAGCGCAUGUGGGCUGUUGCAGGAAUGCUGGCUCCCAUGCAGAACAUCGUACAGGAAACAAUCGAAUAUACACGCCAACGUAAGGUCUUUGGUCAACCAGUCUUACACAACCAGACAGUACAUUUCCGCCUUGCUGAACUUGAGACUGAGAUUGAACUUGUUCGUUCGCUCCUCUAUCGUUGUGUUGCUCAGCAUGUUCAAGGAAAUGAUACAACAAAAUUAGCCUCAAUGGCAAAGUUGAAGGCAGCCCGCCUGGUUCGUGAGGUAACUGAUAGCUGUCUUCAGUUCUGGGGAGGAAUGGGUUUUACGAAUGAAGUGCUGGUCAGCAGACUGUACAGGGAUAUGAGGUUGAUGUCAAUAGGAGCUGGUGCAGAUGAAGUGAUGCUGUCCAUCAUAUGCAAGUACAUGGGGACAAUCCCUGGAAAAAAAUGAUUGAGCAAAAUAACAGCAUACUUAUCAACAGGGGCAAGAACAAAACUGUAAUCUAUCGCGUUAAUUGCUGUUGGUGUUUUCAUACUGCCUUUUAGUAAUAUAACUUUUGCCUUGGAGAAGUGUAAUUGUCAACAUAAUCUUUCACUUAUUUAAGAAUGUUGAAGAAUUUUGGAAAUUCAGUAAUUUUUAUUUCUUUUUACAUAUUGAUCUAAAUAACGUCAUCUUUAAAGAGCUGAAAAGAUUGUGGGAGUACUUUGUGCUGAAAGUACACACACAGUUUCCAAUAUUUUUCUUUCUAACCUGAUACUAAAGUUGAGAAAAAUAUUUUUGUGAGGUAAGAACAAGAUCUGCCUACAAUAGAGCAGUCUGAGGAGUUGCAAUUGUUUGUUUUCAAAAUUAUGAAAUUUACGGAAACCAUGAAGUAAAAAAAAUCAUUACUUCUGAUUGAAUGUCAUCGAUUUUAAAGUUGUCACAGAGAGUAAGAAGAAAUAUAAAGAAAAACGCCAAUGUGCAGAAAAUUCUUGAUGUAUAGGAUGCUUUAUUACAAUAGCAUAAAUAGCUAAAUAUUUGAAGCAAAUUAAAAUUUAGUACGAGGAAAAUGGUGCAAUUUUCAUGACAAGUGUAAAGAUAAUGAGUUAAGACACUGUGGUGGAGAAAAUCCUUCACCAGAAAAUGCUUACCUCACACAUUAAAAUAACAUAAACCGAUUUUCAUACACAACAGAUUUUUUUGAAACCCACUGUUCAGAAGUAAAAUUGAAUCCGUGACUCAAAUUUUGUUAUGACAUUUCCUUCAAGAUCUUUCAUGAAACUAAAUUCCAGCAGCUAGGCCAGAUAAUAAAAAAUAAACUUAUAAAAAGAAAUUUUGAGUGCAGUGGGAGCAAGAAGCUUGAAGUAUCUGGCGUCUGUACUUUUGGCUUACUUUCCAAAAUUGACAAGUUUUCUAUUAACAGCUUAGAUUAUUACUCAAACAUCUUGCAGCAAGCUAAUCUAAUGGAUUUUAUGUCUGAUUUUGAUGUGUCAUCACCCAUUCUAAUUUUAUGUCAUGUAGCUUACUGUGCCAUAAAUCGUGCAUCAAAUUAUAUUUGUGUAAAUAAAUUUGUAUAUGUAAUGGAUCAACUCUGAUAUGCUCAUGAACAAAAAUUGUAAAAGCAGUGGUGGAUGGAACCUCUACCAUGCAACUGUAAAAUGUUAAAUGUAUGCACAAUAAAAUCUUGUUUACAUUACCCCUCAUUCUGCUCUUCCCUGGUGUAGGCAGCAAUAAAUAAAUCUCAAUCAUUGAUCUAA